AUGGGGGAUCCGAGCCAACUGCCACCAGAGCUGCUCCUGGCGGUGCUGAGCCACGUGCCGCCGCGCACGCUGCUCGGGCGCUGGCGCCCCCUGGUGGACGCCCCGGCCCAGUGGCUGAAGAUGCUGGCCCGGGACCACUACGCCCUGUGGCCGGUCCCGCAGCUGCCUGUCCCGCGCGGACCACGCCAGUCUGUCUCCUCAGCCGCUUCUGCGCGCGCAGACCGGUGGUAUCACAAGCAGCAGCGAGUGUUGGACCUGGAGGAGGAGGGUUUCCGGCCGGAACUUCUGGACAGUGUCAAGAUUGAGGUUUGUUUCUCUGACUGGUGGACAGACCAGCAAGACAUUAACACUAUAUAUCAGCUAACUAUCCAACUUCUAGAUGCCAACCAGGUUGUCCUGGGUCAUUUCUCUUCUGUGCCUUUCCCCAUCCAGCAGGGGAGAAAGACUGUCUUCUAUCAGGUCAGCCAUGUGUUCUCCAACCUCAAGACAGGCGUCUGCUUUGUGUCUCUUGAACUCUGGGUCCAUGAAAAGGAGUUCUGCUCCGAACAUUAUGGAAUCUAUCUGCCCGACUCCAGUGUGAUUGUGCAGGGCCGUCUGUCCUAG